CCCCAAAACCUUACCCUAAGUAGCCUAAAACCCUGAUAAAACCCUGAUAUUUCCCUAACUGGCUUAAAACCCCUUUAAAAUCCCCCGUUUUCCCACAUACAUUUUUUGUUUACUUAAUAGAUUGAAGUAGCAACUGUAGGAAGAUUGGUUUUGGUUUGCCUCAUUUUAGAAACGUUUUGCUGUGGUAGGGUUUCGUAAUUUUUUUUCUGCAAACACUGCUCAUUUGUUCUCAUCGGCAUCGUUGACAGACGACACAAUUUGUUCAGAGUCUUGAGGAAACUUACAUAGCAAUCAUGUAUCUCAUGGCUUACAUCAACGAAAAUGGCGAAAAAGUUUACACCUUGAAGAAAGAGUCCCCUGAAGGCUCUCCUACUCAAUCUGCUCAUCCAGCCCGAUUUUCCCCUGAUGACAAAUUUUCAAGGCAUCGUAUCUUGCUGAAGAAGCGUUUUUCCUUGCUGCCAACUCAACAACCUCCUGUCACAUAUUGAAAGUCACUCUUCAAUUUUAGAUUUGUCAUUAUUAAAAAAAUUAAUCUGUUUCUUUUUGGUAAAUAUAUGGGGAGGGGAUGAAAUGAACUUUAAAGAGAUCCACACCAGAACUAAAAUUUUAUAUUCUAAGUACUGCAUCUAAUUAUCGAUGUCACUGUAAUUGUCUAAUUAUUUAAAUGACCCACUGCAACACCUUUGAUGUAUAAAUUUACUGUUAUUAGUGGCUGCGUUUUACUUAAGUAAAUUCGAAAUCCUGAAUCCUGAUAGUAGUUUAUGUU